AUGGAGGAGCUUGGUGCGGCAGAGAGCGGCCAAGGGGCGUGCUAUGAUUCGAAGACGAGCCCCAAGCAGACCAGCAGCGAGCGGCACGCGACCUCAUCAUCGAGCGAAUCCGUUUUCAUGGAGGAGAAUGAGGCCAGAGAGGAGGGGGAGGCGUGCGAGAUGCGAAGGCGCUCGGGUCCAGAGGACUCCGCUAAGGGAGGUCUUUCGGUUGCGGAGCUCCAAGCAGUACGCGACGGCGGUCAGUUCUUGCGAACCUGGGCUGGAGGAGGGAACACGGAGGCGCAACAUAGCUCCCCCCUCCCUGCCCACCAGGCUGACCGCAACGUCGCAGGCUCGCACGCUGAGCCGCGUGCGUAG